UUUGCUUCCUUCCCCAUCAUUCAGGUUACAAUGCUAGAUCAUUACACAACACAUUGUUUGUUUUCCCCGUAGUGAUAGCUGCUUAUGUCACGGUGUCUACUUAACAUCAACCCUGUAGAAGUCUCUGUAAUGCAUUACUAGGAAUUAUGAAUCUCUUAGGAAAUAGUUAACCUGUUAUUCUCAAUCUAGGUUUGCAACCAUUGAUAUCACUCAUCUUUAUUUGGUCCUGGUAAUCUAAAAAUGAUCAUAUAUACAUGUACAGUCAUAACAUUUCAGUGGCUAUUUUAGAAACCAGAAUUGAUGGCGAGAAACAUCGACAUUUUUCUCUUACAACUCAGAUGUCCUGAUUCUGAAUGUGUAACACACUUUUUUGUUCUGUGGUUUGCUAUGGAUAAGACGCUGGCAGCUUUCAAUUUCCAUUUCAUUAUUGGUAGCCUGUCAAGUGGGGGCAAGUACAGUAGAAACAACCCUUUUGGUGACUGAAUAGAAAAAAUCAACCUGGAUUGUCUGAUUGGACCUAGAUUGGUCAUUAAGUUUUGGAACUUGUGGGUGUAAGUUUUAAAACUCGACGGUGCAAGUUUUGUAACUUGCAUCUGUGCCAUCCAUCUCUGAUCUGAUGGCCCAAGUUGAUCUUUUCUAUUCUUGCACCAUAAGGUCUGAUUCUAUUGUAGUCGUCCCCUUUAAGUUGCACUGACGAAAACUUGUUUCCAACAGCACCAUGUAUCUUUUAAUGCUCAAAGAGGCCUAGUCAUAAGAAGCAAGCUAUACUUCUAUUUUCUUUCAAGAAAACAAUGAGAUCAUGUUAUUUUGAAAUUCAAGAAUUUUAUGAUUUGUUGGGAGGCCAUAUGUUAUUUAUUUGUACUUCAAAAGUGUUUUUUCUGCAGCACGAGGCAGUCGUGUGUUGGGAGAACAGUAGUAUGCAUAUUGCAGUCUCAAGCAUCUGAACAAAUACAAAGUUGAGCACUAGGGUAGCCAGUUAUAUUAAGAGAGCAGUGAUUCGGUGCCCAGGCUCAUCUGCACCCGCGUUUAAGGAAAAAAUCAAAAAAAAAUACUAGAAAAAUUCAAAAAAUUCCAAACAAAUUUUGCAUGGUAGAUAAUUUGGUGCGUGAGGUUCGCUCCAAAUUUCAGAUCAUUUGGACAUCUGAGUAGCUCUCGGCAAAAAAGACAAAUUUCGUGUCUGUAAAUUUUUUUACUGUCCAUGUACUGUUCUGACCCAAUUUGUCUUUUUUGCUGAGAGCUACUCAUAUCUCCAAAUGAUCUGAAAUUUGGAGCGCAGCUCACGCAUCAAAUUAUCUACCAUGCAAAAAAGAAUUGGAGUUUUUUUGUAUUUUUUUCUUGAAUGGGUGCAGAUGAGCCUGGGCUCAAAAAUGGAUACAAUCUUAUAAUGUUGAAACAGUAUCAGUACUUUUCUUGUUUGUGAAGACUAUCACCAGAGCCCAGACAUAACUCCCUCGUUUUGUGUUUCACCAGUCCCCGUGCUAGAUGGCAUCUUCUACUCUAAAACCAGGUGUGCCUAUUACUUUGCAAGAGCUAGAGCCCUCCUCAGAGAUGUUCAAGCAAGGGGCAUCCCUUCGGGUAACAGGAAUCCUUCAGUCAUAUGAUGUGGACUCUGCAGUUGUUGUCAUUCAAGAUGGCAGUGCUAGACUGAAGAUUGAUACUCAAAACCUGAGAGACAUUAGUUUCCGCAGCAAUUCCACGUUCCAGUUCAUCGGUGAACUCCUGAUCCAGCCAAAUAACGAUGCGAUUCUACAAGCACGUGUGGGCAGGAAUGUUGAUGGACUUGACCUGAACCUUUACCAGCAGUCUUUGAUCAUCCGACGGCAACAUGAAGCCAAACUACUGAGCUCCAGGAGGCCAUGAUCCAAAGCUGUGAACCAGGCUCAAAGCCUCACUUCAGUUUUUCUGAAGUAUGGAGCAUGUGAGAAAAGAAUCACCUAACUCAUGAUGACCAUGUUCUCCAGUUUGUUAUAGAACCUACAAAGUGGUACUAGUAGUUAACUGAGUUUCCUGAGCACAGAUUAUCCCUCGAGGGCCACCUCAUUCUCAAGGAUAUUUAAGCUAUCAGGUCCAUGAGCUCAUAUUGGUUGAGGGU